AUGGCAACAAUCAAAGCAACAGACAACUUUGGUGAAGCUGCUAGUAACCAAAAGGCAUCACAGCCGCUACUAGUGGCUACGACAAAUGGUUUGAUAAGAAAAACAUCUGCUCGAAUGGCAGCUCUAAAAAGAUUAGUAGAGAGCUUGUCAGAGAGCGAAGGCAUACAGCUACUUCAAUAUUACGAAAUUAAAUCAAACACAAUCAUGCAACAUUGGAACCAAUUGGGAUGUUUGCAUGAUGAACUCUGGGAAAACUUUGAAAAUCCACUGAUGUCAGGAUUCAAUCAAGAUGAGUAUUACCAAAUUGAAGAUUUGGUACAACAAUGUUUGAUAGAGUUGUCCAUAAAAUUGGAUCAACUACGAAACAAACAAGCAACAGUAGCAGAACCAAACAUGCGGUCCUCAUUGCCAUUGCCAAAGGUAACAAUCCCAAAUUUUAAUGGGAAUUACUUAAAAUGGAGGCAAUUUUUUGACUUGUUUACACAAAUGGUAGACAAUCAGCCAUUACCAGCUGCUCAAAAAAUGUGGUACUUGAAAUCACAUGUGACAGGUGAAGCUGAAAAAUUGAUAAGUCAUUUCAGCAUAACGGAGGACAAUUAUUGGGCAGCUUGGACAUUACUGCAAGACCGUUAUAAUAAUAAAAGGGUCUUGGCGUCCACGUUAAUCGAUGAACUUCUAAAUCAGCCAUCAUUCACAUCAACUGUGGCAGCAGUUAAAAAUUUACAUGACACAACGAAAGAGUGUCUAUUAGCACUAAACCAUCUUGGCGUUCAAACGACUUUUUGGGACCCAAUUUUGUUACAAGUACUAAUUAAAAAACUCGAUCAGGCGAUGCUCAUUAGAUAUGAGCAAUCUCUGGCAAAAAUAAAAGAGAUACAAAACAUUCAGGAGUUUUUAGCCUUUUUAGAACUACAGUUCCAACUGAUGGAAGUUGUAGAACAAAAAGAUAAGGUGGCUAUAAAAAUUAAAGCAAAUCGAAAUAACUCAGUGUCAUCGGCUGUAACAGUUUCUAAAGGAAACAACAAUUGCAAACUGUGCAAUGUAGACAGGCACCCACUGUAUCAUUGCCGUAAAUUCUUGCAAUUUUCACCAUCUCAACGAUUGGAUUGGGUGAAAAAUCAACAGCUCUGUUUUAACUGUUUCAGAAAUGAUUAUGUGGUGAACAAAUGUUCAUCAAGAAGUUGUACCAAAUGUAAUAAAAAGCAUAACACGUUGCUACAUUUGGAAGUUAACAACGAAACAAAACAGAACAUUCAACCUAGCUCAAGUGGGUACAACACCGCAGUUACCACAGCGACAGCGAACACAUCCACAGGUCAUCGUCUCUGA